GGGUCCUGGGUCUGAGCGACCCAGGAUCUCUGACCAGCUAUGACCUUAUGUUAUAUUAUUUGUAUUGUAUAUGUAUUUUUGGUGUUGCUGCCACUACUGUUUGUGUGUGUGUGUGUAUAUAUGUGUUUGGCUGUAAGAGGAUGUCAAGCACCUGCAGACCUGGUGGGUGUGGCCCUGCUGGCGGCCUGGCCACACCCGAAGCCACACACCUGCUGCUGAUCAGGGCUCGUCGGGGGAGCUACUUAGGAGAGUCUUGGAGCUCCCACCGACGCGGGAUCAUUGCGUGAGACUCCACGAGAAGUGUGGAGCGUCUGACAGCAGCCAGCACGCGGAGUGCUGAGACACGGGAGCGGAGAGCACUGAGACACGACACGGGAGUCAGGGGAAAUCACAGGGGAUUUAUUGUCAUUAUUCCUUUCACUGUAAAUAAACGCACUGUUUAUACACAGAGCACCGCGACUGGGUCCUCCUCAUUCCCCAUAUCCCCACGGUCCGCCAUGCCAGACCGUGACAGAAUGAUCCCGCCUAACAUGGACCCAGCGGUCUCUGAGGAGAGGCUCAGGAAGGAGGUGAUGGACAAAGUUUACCGCCUAUGCGAGUCGUGGUGGGAGAAGCCCGGGGAGGUAUUGUGUCGCGCCGUGGAGAGGCGGCUGCAGGAAAUGCUUUGUAAAUUCCCCUGGCUGGUGGAUUCCCUCAAUCCAGUCGUCCUGGAUUUCUUGCUCUCAACCCUCCACCUCCACUCUCCUCCUCAGGCUGCUCACCAGCCCGGACAGUUGGUGGAUUCACAGCCUGAGACGCCGGCCCCGACAUCUACACGGAAACGAUGUUCUCGCCGCCGGCGUUCCUCACCGCAGCCGAAUUCCCGGACAUUUCAGGAGCCGGCUGUGGUGAGUAAUAAGGACACUUUUUCAUUUCUCACCUCAUCUGCUUCUUUGUUUUCAGUGGAUGGCGACAUCGCUGACGCUGCUGUAAACCAGCCUACUGUGCAGCUAGCGUCACCUCAUUCAGCAAUCUCCACACCGCUCACCUCUUCACCAUCUGUAGCAGUGCUGCCUGCUACGACACCACCCGGACCUGCUCGGCCCGAGCCGGAGGAGCCCGUGCUGCCCGAGCAGGAGCUCAGCGGGCCGGAGCAGCCAGCACCGCCGCCGGAGGCGCCAGCGCCGGAGCUGGAGCUCAGCGAGUUGGAGGAGCGAUCGCUCGCACAACUAUGGGAUUACUGCCGGAGCGUAAUCCAGGCUGUAGACCCACACAAGAGACAUAUACAGGUAGUGGUCUUUGACGAUUAUCUCUCAUCCACUACUUUCACCAUGAACUUUUUGGACAUUAACAAACUUAAGCCAUUGGUCACUAGUUUAAGGGGGAGCUCUAGUUUUGAAUUAUUCGGCUUGGGGGGUCCGAGCAAGGAAGGUACGGCUGCUCUCUUUGACGCUCUAGCCGCUUGGUUUUUCGUGCAUCGGCGGAGGACUUUCCCGUCGAUGCUUGCAGCACAAUUGUUUGAUCCUCCAUUACAGAAAGGAUGUCGCAUUCGCCAUCAUCACCCCAUUACACCUCAACCCACCCCUGCGGUUUCAGCCCGGUCAGCUGGCGACGGACCAACAGCACUCAUUACUGCAGUGAGUAAACCGGACUCAUUUGUUUCUAUUAAUCCUGUCAUUGAAAAUGAAAACACAGGUGAACAGCGGAGGACGGCUUCCAUACACCCGGCCCCGCCUUCACGGAGGAGAAGGCGUCCUAGCAAGCAGCGUUCAGCCACAUCUACACUCACCCCUGUGCUGGUUGAAGAUUCAGGACCAGCGGCUCUGGACGCCACAGUGAGUAAAAUGGACUCAGCCGGUGUUGUAAAUUCCCUUCCUGGGAACACGGAAAUAGAGACUAUAGCCACUUUGGCAAUUAUCAAUGGAGAAACUGUGAGAGGUGUAACUGAACUCCCAGUGGAGAUUUUUGGACCACCGACGGACGAAUGUGGUCUGAGUGCUAAUUCUGGGGCAGAAUUUUGCAUAGUCAGCCCUGAGAUAGUUAACUCAGAGUCGGUGGGGUCAGAAACUGUUUGCUUUACCUCCAAAAAGUCAGAAGAAGUCCACUCUGAGACUGUGAGUUUGGAGCUAGGGAGGUCAGAGCACACAGACCCAGAUGACUUUUUGGCCCAGACUGGCCGUAUGGAGACAGAAGUUCUCCCCAGGGCUUCCCCAGAGGCUGAACUGGAGACCUCAGUUGCCUCUGGACCCCUGGAAUUUGUUGAGCCAGCUGUAACGUUCUCAUCCUCUCCGCCCUUCAUAGUAGCCACAUCACCCUCCACUCAGUCUGCUGCCCAGCUAGCAACUCAGUCUGCUGCCCAGCUAGUAACUCAGUCUGCUGCCCAGCUAGUAACUCAGUCUGCUGCCCAGCUAGUAACUCAGUCUGCUGCCCAGCUAGUAACUCAGUCUGCUGCCCAGCUAGUAACUCAUCUUCAUCCUCAGUUGGAGGUCGAUGUGCCUGCUGAACCACCUCUGCCAUCAUUUCACUCGUCUGUCCCUGCAUUACAGUCCAGUCUACCGGAGGUAGCUGCCACACCAUCUUCACCUCCGCCCUCUGCAGCUACUUCUCCACCAGCGUCUCAUCGGACUGCAGCACUCUCAGCUUCACUAGCCACAUCACCUACCCUACCUUCAUCUUCACUACCUGCAGCUACUGCAUCACCAUCUUCACCUCCGGAUCGACCAUCUACAGCCGCUCCACAGCCGGAGGAGGAGCUCGGCGAGCGGGGGAGCCCGCGUCGCUGCCGGAGGAGGAGCUCGGCGAGCGGGGGAGCCCGCGUCGCAGCCGGAGGAGGAGCUCAGCGAGCGGGGGGAGCCCGCAUCGCCAACUGUGGAGCGCAGCGAGCCGGCGGAGCUCAGCGAGCGGGAGGAGCCCGCACCGCCUGAGGAGG